AUGCCUGCGGCGAGGGCGGUCGAGUGCACGGAGCUAACCGAGCUGUACGACAAUUUCGUCUACUCGGUGGAGGCCGAUACCAUGGGCUUCUACACCUCAAGCAUCAGCAGUGUGGAAGCGUCACUCGGACCGCCGACCGAUGACUGCAAGCCCAAUGGUGCUAUUCAGCGCGCCGGAGAGGAGGGGAGACAAGCCACGCCGCCACGCGAUCGGCCUGGAAAGGCCCGCGACCCCCCCUUCCCCAAAAACCGCGGCGCGCCUCCCAACCGUGAGAACCGCCCGAAACCAAGUGCCGGGGGCGCCAAGGUAUGA